AUGCCUACUAUCUCCCAUCUCCCAAUCGAGAUGCUUUGCUCGAUUGCUAAUCUUCUCGAUGACGAAGCCUUCUUCCGGUUUCGGCAAACGUCCCAGUUGAUUAAUAACAGUACAGCCUCGCAAUUCGCCACGCGAUACUUCGAACGCCGCUGUGUCUUUCUGCAGCGCCACAGUCUGGAGGCUCUUAUCGAUAUUGCGCGUCACCCGACGUUCGGUCCCACAGUGCAGUCGCUCGACAUCAGCAUCGCCCACAUCACAAAGGACCCUGAUCUCUGGGAACGGGACAUGCAGUAUCGCCCAGAGGAGGGUAAUGAAAAGGAGAAGGCAGUAGUAAACACCAUCGCGUAUAGUCGUUAUCAGGACGAUCAGAGAUAUAUAAUGGAGUGUGGAAUGGCUACUGCAUACUUGACCCUGGCGCUUACUGCAAUGCCAAACUGCAGGACGAUCAUUCUCUCAGGCCAAGACCGUCCUUGGGGCGCAAGGCUACAGGCCAAACAAACGGGUUUAUGGCCGACUACCAACACCGACACAAUUGAGAGUGGCGAGUUCGCGAGACAUGCACUACAAGUCGUGCUUGCAGCUGUGGUUGCAAGCCGUGUCUCGCUAGAGGAGCUUGACAUACUGUUUAACCUCCAGGAUUUCCGCGCUGGCUCACAUGAGUUUGUCUCGGAUCUCGCUGCCCAGCAGAUACGCUCCUGUUUCCUCGACCUGGAUACCCUCCGCUUGAACGUCUGUUCGGAGUACUUUACCCUCUCGGAUAGCGGGGCGGGCAGUCUUGUGCGAUUCAUCGAGCUUUUCCCGACCGCGACGCUUCUCGAUCUGCGCAUGGGUGGCCGUAACAAGUUGUCCCUAGUCACCGCGAUCGCCGGAUCUCUGCAGAUGACAGCCCUCCGGGAGUUGGAGCUCCACUGGGUGAAUUGCACCGCAGAUGCGCUGGUUAAGAUUCUAUGCCGGCAUCAGGGCACCUUAAAAGACGUGCUCUUCAACGGUGUGCAUAUCCAUGAGACUCAAGGUUGGCCGCUAAUCUUCUGUGUCCUUCGCGACAAGCUAAGCGUCGAAAGCUUGCUAGUCGCGAACUGCUUGAGCGCAAAACAGUGGGUUAGGUUCCGUAAACCUGGGGGCGAAGAACGAGGUAUCCAAAUUCGCUGCGAUUGGGACUCGCUUACUAGCGCCAUCGACCGGAUUGUGCUGGAAAAGGUAGAAAAUCCAAGGAUGCGAUCUCACUUUGGUUUGUCGGGGUAUUGA